AUGGAGUUUGACCUGCUGAAUUACAGCCCGGAAGCGCAGCUUGAGCUGAUGAACACGAUGCUCCAGCUGGAGCAGCUCACUGCUCUGGACGGCCAUCAGUCGCCGACGAUGGCACCUGUCUCGCCGCCGAUAUCCCCGAUGCAAACCCAUGCAGGUCACAGCUUUUCGCCUCCGCCACACAUGUCGACGACCACGACCACCACCGGGUACCCAGCAGAGCAGUACACACCGCCGCCAGCGGCCGCCGUGUAUGCCGCCGCUACCGGCGGCCUCGAGCACCUCCAGGACUGCUACGUGCUGUCGUCGUCCCCGGGCGGCGCCGCGGCGGCCGCUCCGCAGCAGGCCAUGGGGUCGUCGUCGCCGACGUCGUCGGCGGACGCGAUGCGGGAGGCGGUCUUCCACAUCGCCGCGCUGCAGCCGGUGGAGAUCGACCCGGAGGCGGUGCGGCCCCCGAAGCGGCGCAACGUGCGCAUCUCCAAGGACCCGCAGAGCGUGGCGGCGCGGCUGCGGCGGGAGCGCAUCAGCGAGCGCAUCCGCACCCUGCAGCGCCUCGUGCCGGGGGGCACCAAGAUGGACACGGCCUCCAUGCUGGACGAGGCCAUCCACUACGUCAAGUUCCUCAAGUCCCAGGUGCAGUCCCUGGAGCGCGCCGCCGCCACCACCCACCGCGCCGCCACGCUCGGGGCCGCCUACCCGGCCUUCCACGCGCCGUGGCAGUACGCGCUGCCCCACGGCGACAUGUGA